AUGCUCGGCAACCAGAAAUCGAACGCGGCCACAAGCACCCAACCGGAACUUCCGGCUGAGGACGCUUCCGCAACAACUGAGUUGCCGGUUCAGGAUGACGGUUCUGUGUCACCGUCGAACGUCUCUGCGGCCUCCAGUCUGUACGAGUUUGUGCAGGAGCAUGGACGAACCUUUCACAAAUACAAGGAAGGGAAAUACUUUCUUCCGAAUGACCAACACAGCAUAUCGAAGUUCCUGCUCAAGGGAAAGCUUGGGCUGGCACCGAUUGAGAAGCCUGGCCGUGUUCUCGAUCUGGGAACCGGCACGGGCAUCUGGGCAAUCGAGUUUGCCGAGGAGAACCCAGAAUCCGAGGUACUGGGUACUGACCUGAGCCCCAUCCAACCGGCCUACCUGCCGCCCAAUUGCCGUUUCGAGAUAGACGAUGUCGACGACGACUGGGCCUACAGCCACAGAUUUGACUACAUCCAUGGCCGCUAUCUGCUCCCAUUCAUCAAGAAGGAUUGGAAUCAUUACUUCAAGACCAUCUACGACAACCUGAACCCCGGCGGAUGGGCCGAAUGUCAGGAAACCAUCAUCUAUUUCCAGUCGAUUGACGGAUCUCAUGAAGGCACCGCUCUGCAGCGCUGGAAUACCCUCCUGCUCCAGGCCAUCCAGCGGAUGGGCCGCAGCGCCACCGAGGCCCUGCGCUGCAAGACCUACCUGGCCGAGGCCGGAUUUGCCAAUUUGGGUGAGAAGAAGUUUGCGGUGCCCAUGAACCCGUGGGCGAAGGGCAAGGAGCAGAAGGCGAUUGGCUCCAUGCAAAUGCAGAACAAUCUCGAGGGCAUCGACGGCAUCACCAUGACUGUAUUCACUCGCGCUCUUGGGUGGGUACCAGCCGAUGUCGAGAAGCUGCUCGUUGACGUGAAGAACGACUUGCAAGAUCGAAGUAUCCAUGCCUAUAUUACCGUGUCAGUGAACCAUGGCAUAUCCAGGCAAUCCUGCGCCCGCUAA